AUCAAAUGGAAAGCUGCAUUCAGCUUCUUAGUAAGGACUAGGACGCAUGUAGCCGUGCAAACUUGGUAGGGGAACUUACAAUCUGAAAACGUUGGCUGUUGUUUGCUGACAAAUACAAGCGAGUACGCUCUUACGAUUAGGGCUUUUGGUUGAUCAUUAAGGUAAACAAAAGCUCCGUGUUGCUAGCCUUCUGAAGGAAUUUCUCCAUCCCUUCCCAACAUGCUUUAACUCUUGCGCAUUGCUCGGGGUAGCGCCACAUUGUUUCGCUUCUAUUACGACAGUAGGGUGUUAUUUAUAUAGUGCAUCUGCGCGAGCAGCAACUGCCCUUCCCUACUGCGCUCACAAGCCAUGAGCGGCUCUGGCGCUCAGGGCGCCGCGUCAGCCGCUGGAAGUGGCGUGGGAGGAAAUGGAGGUGGAUCAACCAGUAGCGGCAGCAAGGUCGAUGCAAUUUGGCAACAGCUAAAGGGCGCGCAUGCCGCGCCCAAGGCGCAAGCAGUCAACUUCAACAAGCUAUGGCACGGCUUCAGCAGCGAUCCUAUGCAGGGCACGAAAAGGCCCGCCGCUAAGCCCCCACAGCCACCAUCCACCUACGAGUCUCAACUCGUGCAGCGCUCCAGCCGCGGCCCGGCGGACGCACACCCUUCACAGCAGCAACAACAACAGCAGCCCGCGGCUGUCAGAUCCAAACCGGAUCCAGAAACCGCUUUACAGCUGGUGGCCCGUUGCGUGGCGGGGCUGAAGGACAGCUCCCAGAGCGCCCGCCGCAAGGCGCUCCAGGACGUGCAGUCCCACCUCCUAGACAACCCCUCCCUGGACGAGUCCUGGCUGGCCUCCCGGCUGGAGGGCGACGGGCUGGGUAAGGCCCUGCUGCGCCGCUUCGACGACCCCGCCGACUCCUGCCGCGAAGCCGCCGUGAGCAGCCUGCUGCGCCUGCUGAGCGCGGCGCCAGGGGCGGUGCUGGCGCUGCUGCCGUACGCGUUUCCCGUACUGGCGGAGCGGGUGCGGCACAGGGAGGAGGGAAGCAAGAACCUCACCGAGCCGUGUGAGGAGGUGCGGCUGGCUCUCGCCCGGCUGCUGCGGUCGCUGGUGGUGCUGGGCGGCAAGGGCUUCGCGGGGUACGCGGGCGAGGCGGUGGAGCUGGUGGGGGCACUGGCGGAGGACCCCUUCCACGAGGUGCAGGAGGAGGCGUGCGGGGUGGUGGGCGCCAUGAACGAGGUGUUGGGCAUGCGCCUGCAGCCCGUGGCAAAGCAGCUGGUGGCGGCGCUGCUGCCGCUCACCACCGCCAAGCGGCACCGGGUGCGGGUGGCGGCGCUGCAGGCGCUGCGGCCCACCAUGCACCAGGGCGCUCACGAAAUGAUUCUUGAGAUGGUGGCAUGGCGCGACCCCAACGUCAUUCCCAUUAAGGCCUUCUACGGGGACGACCUCAAGGUCAACUUCUGCGGCAAGCUGGCUGCCGACCCCCACCCCGCGGUGCGGCGGGAGUUCCUGGCGGUGCUGGCGGACUGGAUGACGGGGCUGCGGGAGCGGCUGGACCACGAGGCGCGCCUGCUGCCGUACGUGCUCAGCGCGCUGAAUGACGAGUCGCCGGAGAUACAGUCUGACGCGGUGUCGCUGCUGGAGCGGCUGGGUGCGCAGUACGAGUCCGACCACGAGAAGGAGCUGAAGGACACGCUGGCCUACCUGCCGGCGGAGGCGCACGGCAUCGGCUGGCAGGCGGCGGGGGCGGCGGGGUACGUGUACGGCAGCGCGGCGGCGGGCGAGGAGACGGUGAACGGCGGUCGCGCUGUGUUCGUGCUGCCCGGCCCGCUGCGCUGCCGCCCGCGCCUGGGCACCCGCCGCCUGGUGCAAACCAACUUCAGCCGCAUCAUCGGCGCGCUGAGCGAGGAGGUCACCUCCUGGCUGCUGGAGGCGCGGCGGCGGGCGGCGGCGCUGCUGCGCACUCAGCUGCUGCUGGUGGAGGAGUGGAGCGAGCAGCACCUGCACCUCAUCAUGCCGGCGCUGUGCAAGGCCAUCUCCGACCCCGAGGUCCGCCCUGUCAUCCGCGACUGCUGCUCGCUGCUGGGAGCCUUCACGGACCCCGAGGUGGCGCUGCAGCUGCUGGCGACCCGUGGGUCGGACGAGGCGGCGGACGCGGCGCAGCGGGCGGCGGCGCUGGAGGUGCUGGGCUGCGUGAUCAGGGGCGCCGGCCCGCGUCGCGCGCUGGACGCCCACCUGCCCUCCGUGCUGCAGCUGCUGAGCGGGGAGUCGCUGCUGACGAGCGAGGACUCGCGCAUACGCAGGUCGCUCCAGGAGGUGGUGCAGCAGCUGCUGGCCACCUGCGGCCCCGCAUGCGGCCGCCACGCCGCGCAACUGCUCUGGGUGUGCCUGCACCUGCGCUCGCCCGGCAGGGCAGCUCCCAACGGCAGCAGCAGCAGCGGGCUCAUGCAGCCGGCUGCGGCUGCUGCUGCCGCCUUCACCGCAACCUCAGCGCCAACAGCAGCAGCAGCCACUGCGUCUCUUGAGGGGUCGGUUGCGGGCGGUGACGCGGCGGGUGGUGUGGUGGAGGGGUGUCUGCUCCCCCGACUGGCGGAGGUGUGCGGCUGCAGCGGGGGGCCGGACGAGCUGCUGGAGGCGCACCGGAGGGAGCUGCUGGGACAGUCCGACCCCGGCGCCUCCCCCAACGUGCUGCUGGCCACGGGGGUCGCCUGCCGCCUCAUGCUGCCGUACAGCGCCCAGUCGCACCUGCUGUACCUGCCGGAGGAGGCGCUGGGGAGGGUGCUGCCGGCGCCGCCUGCCGUACCAACACCUUCACCCGCACCAACAUCACAAGCAGACGCUCGGGCUGAGGCUGAUGAUGAGGCUGGUGGUGAUGGCAGCAUGGCGUCGGCGCCUAUGGACGUGGAUACGACAGCCGCUGCCUCGCAACAACAGCCGCAGCAACCGCAGCAGUACUGGCAGGCGAGCAGUACGGUGGCGGUGUUGUCGCACCUGCGGGGGCAGCUGGGCUGGCUGCCGCGGCAGUCCCGCUGCGCCACGCUGUUCUUCACGUGCCUGGAGGCCUGCCUAGCCACCGUGCCGCCACCGCAGCAGCAGCAGCAGCAAGCCCAGCACCAGCAGCAAGCACCCUCAGGCACCUCAGGCACCUUCAGCCAGCAGGAUGUUGAGCUUCCGGACGCUGACACGACAUCGGCCUCCGCAGCAGCCGGCACAAGCGCGACUAGCGAGGUCGGGGAGCUGCUGGAGGCGGUGCUGAGUCAGGCGCUAGCGGCAUGUCAGGAGCUGCCCCCACCAGCGCUGCUAGCGGCGCUGCGUUGCAUGCAUGCAGCCGUACGGCGGGGGCUGCUGCCGGGUGCCGUACUUGUCGUACAUUUGGAGGAGC